CACUGUCGUCAUUAUUAUCGUCGCCAUCACAGCGACGAGAUCUGUGAGUGGCCGUCUGUUUUUUUGCGUGGUGAUAAUCCACGCUAGCUUUUUCUUCCAUCCUUUCGUCGAAUAAAUCGGCGACCCGGAGGCUCUCUCCGUAGAGCCUUAAAUCCUCAACUUCCCGAAUAGAGCGCGCGAGUUUAAUCGAGUGCCUGUUAAAGUGUGAGAACGUGCACCGCGAUCGUUCCAUCGCGGGGACACUCGGCAACACUUUAUCUCUCUUCGAUUCUCACUUUUAUUCGCUCGCGAAUUAACUUGACAACGGAAGAUCUUUUGAUCAAGACUCAUUUCGGCACUGUUGAUGAACAUGGCUUACUGAAGAAGAUGAAGGGUCUGCAGCAAGAAUACGUUUCUCCAUACGGAGGGGACCACCACCACCACGCAUUCAUCGUUCGCGACGGUAAAGACGGCCGAAUUAGCCGACCAGGAUAUUUCUACGCAACAGCUACAGCUUCAUACUUUUAUUAUCAUGGACAAGAAGAGCAAAUAUCAACAGCCAAACCUCAAGGCGACUGCUACUGAUUCUAAGAAAAGUCCAGGUUCAGAUGUCAGCUCUUCUAAGCUUUUUCCAAAAUCAUCGCGUAAGCGAGAACCAACUGGCACAAAUAGUUAUCCCAAAUAUGAUCAGCAGAGGAAGUCCAAUGCACAGAAAACAAAAAAUUUUGAUAAGAGACCAAAACCUAAAGGAUAUUAUCAUGGCAGUUCAAAGGAGGAUUCCAAGGUAGUUGAAGAUGAAUCAGCUGAGCUUGGCUCAGUAAUGGUCCAAGGAAGUAAAAAGCAGAACUUGAAUCAUCUGCUAAAUUUUCAUUAUCCAUCCCGUGAUGUGCAAAGUGGAUGGAAUCGUGGAAGAAAUGGCUAUAGCAGUCACAAUAAUCGCUGGCUUCCAGCAGUUCAUCGACACAAGUAUAACAAAGAACAAUUUUUACAAGCUAACUGCCAAUUUGUUGUUACUGCCAAGGGAGAUUACUCUCUUUACUUGAAUAAUCCAGAUAUAUUGGUUGACUGGAAAUUAGUGCAACAAAUUCGAGUUUAUAGCUCUGAAAAUCUGUCUUGUCCUAUAUGCCUAUGUCCACCUGUUGCUGGAAAAAUGACACGCUGUGGUCAUGUUUACUGUUGGCCAUGCAUUCUUCAUUAUUUAGCUCUAUCUGACAAGCAGCGUAAAUGUCCUAUAUGUUAUGAAUCUAUCCAAAAAUCUGACUUGAAAAGUGUUGUUGAAAUAACAGAAAAUAGUUUAAACAUUGGAGACCACAUUACCCUUCGAUUGAUGCGACGCCAAAAGGGAUCAAUGCUUGCAGUACCAGUUUCAGAUAUUGAAGCUUGCCCACCAACUACAUUUUUAUCUGUUGCUGAAAAUUCUUGCCAACAAGUUUAUUCAAAAUUACUGUUAGCUAAUGAUAAUGAUAUUAUUAAUAUAAUCGAAGCAGAAGGCGCUCAUUUACAAUAUGAACUUUUGGAAGAUCCAAAUUCUCCUGAAAAUUAUUUUAUUGAACAAGCUCUCGUUGAAUUGUCUCUUAGAAAUAAUUUGUUACUGAAGGGCAUUACAGAAUUAGAUUCUGAAAAAUCUGUAGCUUCUACAGAAAAUGUUAAGAUGAAAAGUCCAGAAACCCUUUUGUCUCCCAAAGAAGAAAGUCCUAAAAAUAAAAACAAUGAUUUGAAUCUAGUGAAUAAUAGCGAUUUGAAUGGACAAUCAAAUUAUAACUUGAGUGACAAUGGGAAUGACAUAGAACCUUCAACAAGCUCACAGGAAUUUUAUUAUUUCUACCAAGCCGAAGGUAAACAAAAUGUUUAUCUCCAUGUAAUGAACAUCAAAAUGUUGGAGAUGCAAUAUGGCAGCUUAGAAAAAUGUCCACGAUUGAUUUCGGGAAAACUAAUUGAAAGAGAAGUUGGUAGCUAUACUGAAGAAUUGAGAAGUCGAAUGCGAUACCUACGUCAUCUACCUUUAACCAGCGUUUUUGAAAUAAUCGAAAUUGAUUUACAGCCUCCGACUGUAUCUGAAAAUGUUAUUGCGUAUUUUGAAGGUCAAAUUCUUUCUCGACAGAAGAAAAGAAAGCGUCGUGAAAGAGAUGAAAGAAAGCGCGAGAAAAAAAUCACAGAGGAAGAAAACAAACUCAUGGGAAAAUAUCCAAUUCCAAAGGUUCAUAUCGAUUCUCGCAAACAUUUCCCGCAAUUCAACCCUGAUAUAUCUGAAAUUGAUACAGUAUCACCUCCAGAAUCAGUUGUAGCUUCGAGUCUCGCAAGCAGUCCGUCAAUUUGCUCAUCUGAUGACAUGUUAUUUAAAGAUGACGAUAGACCAAUACCAACUAAUUGCGGACGAUCAUUUGCCCAAAUGGUGCAAACCACUUCAACAAAUAAAUCAGUUGCAUGGCCGUCUCGAGGCACUUCAAGAAACUUCGAGUCGAACGAAUCAAAUGCUGAUAGUCAAAGAACUAAAGCCGAUCCCAUUGAUUCUGAAUUAGAGGAAUAUGUAGCUCCAGUUUAUAAUCAAAGUCUAGGAGAAGUCGUGGCCAAAGCAUUUGAAAAUUCAAAUAUGUUGAAUUGCGGAGGUAGAUCGAAUGACAGCGUAGCCACAGGUAAAAAGAAAAAGAAAAAAGGAAAAUCAACAGUCUUAUUCACAACCAAUAUGGCUCGGACGUCCUAGCUUUUUUUCUACGUUUUUUCGCAUUAUACAAUUUUGUUUUGCUUUCUACUUUCUUUCGACGAAUGGUAAUAAAAAAUUUAUUAAACUCAAGAUUUAAUUAAUUAAUUUAAUGACAAGUUACACGAGCAUUACUCGAGUAUCCAUUUAUGUAUAUAUUAUGUUAUUUUGUUUUGAACAAAAUUUAAUUACAUUUGAAAAUAAAUAAAAUCAUGCAGAGUAUGUUUGUUUACUGAUCUAACAUCCUAUUUUAUUUUUCAUUUUAAUAAAGUUAAAAUCUAAAAAGCUGAUUCAUCUGAGAAAUUAAACUGUCUAUCCAAAAAUACUAGUUUAUUUUGAAAAUAAAAUAAACUUGAUUAUA